GUGAGAACAGCGAGAGCGUUGACAAAGAACGGUGGACACGUCAAGCUGUGUCUCCGAAAGUGAAACUUAAAAGUAGUACAAGAAGCCUAACCAAGCUCCUCGUUCGAGUCUGUGUCAGGGAAGCAACUUUUUGAACUGAGCUAAAACCACACAAUGAGAGAAGAGCGAAGCGGACAUUGACCUACUUAAGCAGCACAAGAGCGUCACAAUAUGUCCAAGGCGCGCCGGUGAAAAGUUAUUGGUGGAAGUCUGAAGAUACCAGGACGAUGGCAUUUCCAAACGAUGAGAUUCAGCUGCCCAGGAGGCUGGGCCUCCUUCCCUUCAAGAACAAGGUGCUGUUGCCGGGGGCGGUCGUUCGUCUGCGGUGCACUUCGCCUGCAAGUGUUCAGCUGAUUGAGUCGGAGCUGUGGCAGAAACAAGACAAGGGGCUCAUCGGAGUGGUCCCAGUUCUUGAGACCGACCCUACCACCAUCCCUGAGAAUGCCCUCAUGUUGAUAGCGUCAACGCUAGGCCCCGACCAGGUGACGUCGCCUGCUCAAGAAGGGGAUGACGGACGGGAGGAUCGGAAGAGUAUCGAUGGAGCAAUGAAACCAAAGGCCCCUUCUCUGCGGUGGCACCCUCGGGGGGUGGCUGCCCGUGCGUUACACCUCUCUCGGGGCAUGGAGAAGCCGGGCGGGAAGGUCACCUACACGCUUGUCCUGGAAGGCUUGUGCAGGUUCAGCAUCAACCAGAUGCUGAGUGACUCGCCAUACCACGUGGCUAAAGUGACGCAGCUCGAUCGGAACAAAGCGGAGGCGGACCACGUGGCCCAUGAUGAGAGAGCGGCAGAGUCGGCGCAGCUCUUCAAAGUGGCCGCAGGCGAGCUCAUCACGCAGCUGGAGCAGAAGCAAGGCGCAGGGCGCAGUAAGCUUUUGCUGGAGACUGCGCCCGCGCACCGGCUGGCCGACAUUUUUGUUGCCAGCUUCGAGAGCAGCCUGGCGGAGUGUCUCGCGAUGCUGGACGCGGUCCCGGUUAGGGACAGACUGGUUAAGGCGACCGAGCUGGUAACCCGGCACUUGCAGACGCUGCGCGUGACUGACCAGCUGGCGCAGAAGGUGGAGGGCCAGCUGAGCAAGGGCCAGCGCGACCUGCUGCUGCGGCGACGGCUGAAGGCCAUCAAGGACGAGCUGGGGGACGGGGACGGUGCAGGAGACGAGGAUGACGACAUCGUGAUCCUGGAGAAGCGGCUCGAGGCCGCCAACCUGCCGCCGCAUGCGCAGAAGCACGUGAAGCGCGAGCUGAAGCGGCUGAAGAACAUGCAGCCCCAGAUGCCGGGGUUCGGGAGCGCGCGCGCGCACCUGGAGCUCAUCGCGGAGCUGCCCUGGACGUCGACGACCAAGGAAAAAGUCACCGAUCUAGAUGUGGCCAAGCGGACACUGGACUCGGAGCAUUACGGGCUCGAGAAGGUCAAGCGGAGGAUCGUCGAGUACCUCGCUGUCCGGAAGCUCAAGAACGACGCCAGGGGUCCCGUCCUCUGCUUCGUGGGCCCCCCCGGAGUGGGCAAAACCAGCCUCGCGAGCUCCAUCGCCACUGCGCUAGACCGCAAGUUCAUCCGCGUAUCCCUUGGGGGGGUCCGGGAUGAAGCCGACAUUCGGGGGCACCGACGGACGUACAUCGGAAGCAUGCCGGGCCGGAUCAUCGAGGGGAUCAAAAGGGCGGGCGUGAACAACCCGGUCAUCUUACUGGACGAGAUCGACAAGACGGGCCACGACGUGCGGGGAGACCCUGGCGCCGCGUUACUGGAGGUCCUCGACCCGGAGCAAAACACGUCGUUUGUGGACCACUAUUUGACCAUCCCGUUCGACCUGUCGAACGUCGUUUGGGUGGCCACCGCCAACCGCGUGGCGCCAAUCCAGCCGCCGCUGCUGGACAGGAUGGAGUUGAUUGAGUUACCAGGGUACACUCCGGAGGAGAAGCAGCACAUCGCCACGCGGCACCUCAUUCCCCGCCAGCUGGAGGAACACGGGAUGAACAAGCACCAGCUCAAAAUACCCGAUGACAUGGUCGCAUUCGUGAUCCAAAAGUACACCCGCGAGGCGGGCGUCCGAAACCUGUCGAAACAGCUGGCGGCGCUCUGUCGAUCUGCGGCGGUCGAGGUGGCGAAGCACCAGUCGGAGGUGGCUGUGCAGAGCAAGGCGCUGAAUUCGCCGAUGGGCGCCAUUGCGUCAAUGGGCGACCAAUUAGAGGUCGAGAUGGAACUAGAGGCGGACGUUUCCGGGGCAACACAUGCGCGCGCGCGCCGGUGGGAGACGAUCCAGGUUGACGAGGAACUAGUGGAGCGAGUUUUGGGGCCGCCGCGCUUCGAUGGCAAGGAGGCCUCGGAGCGGGUCGCCACUCCGGGGGUGGUAAUGGGCCUGGUGUGGACUGCGGUCGGGGGGGAGGUCCAGUUCGUGGAGGCGACCGCGAUGGCCGGCAAGGGCGAGCUGCACCUCACGGGGCAGCUGGGUGACGUCAUCAAGGAGUCGGCGCAGAUUGCGCUGACCUGGGUGCGUGCGCGCGCGCAAGAGUUGAACCUGCACGGCAAGCGCGCGGACGGCAGUCUGGUGGAGGGCCUGGACGUCCACAUUCACUUCCCCGCAGGGGCAGUGCCCAAGGACGGGCCCAGUGCCGGGGUUACGAUGGCGACAGCGCUAGUCUCGUUGCUUAGCGGGCGUUGCCUGCGGGCCGACACGGCCAUGACCGGCGAGGUGACGCUGCGAGGGCUGGUGCUCCCGGUUGGGGGGGUAAAAGACAAGGUGCUGGCAGCCCACCGGAUGGGGGUGAAGCGGGUAAUCCUUCCGGAGCGGAACGUGAAGGACCUGAAGGAGGUGCCCGAGAACGUGUUGAAGGAAUUGGAGAUCUGCCCGGCACUUCGCAUGGAGGACGUUUUGACGCACGCAUUUGAAGGUGGGUAUAGUCUGAGCCCCACAAGUAGGUUGUAGGAGAAUGCAACUUUGAAUGAUCAAGUAAACUAAGUUGAAACGUGGUCACAUGUAGGAGAGACCACAUCCAAUACGGAGACAUACUGUAGAUUUUAGACGGCAGAGAGAAGGUAAGGUCAUUGCAAAACUGAGGGUCUCUUCGAACCCAAAAAAAGUACAUUGUGCGGUCCUCCGUUCCAUGUUACUGGGUAGAUUGAUUAGAAAUGAAAGGUUCAUGUGGUCAAUGAACACAUCACCGCCUUACGUGUUUACGUCUCAAACAUAACAUGGUUGACGGCCC